AUGGAGUCGUCUGAGAAUGUUAUUACCAAGCCAAAUCGUACUCGCCUAACGCUUAUUAUGGUCGGCAUUUGUCUGGCAGUCUUCCUCACAGGCAUGGAUCAAACCAUUUUAACUACGGCAAUCCCCGUCAUCAGCGUCGAGUUUAGCACAUCACAAGACAUUGGAUGGUGGGCUAAUGCCUAUCUUCUUACUCUGAGCGCCUUUCAACUGUUCUAUGGUAAACUCUACAGUCAUUUUCCCAUCAAAAAUGUUUACCUUGUCGCUAUUGUCAUCUUCGAGAUUGGAUCUCUCAUUUGCACAACAGCACAUUCCUCCAUAACCCUGAUCGUCGAUCGAGCAAUCGCUGGACUAGGAGCAGUAACGGUAAUCUUGUGCGGCAUCCUGGUACAUACACCAUCAGAUCCAAGUGCACAAUCACUCAGUCUCGUGCAAAAGGCACUGCAGCUUGAUAUUCCUGGAACAGCAUUCAUGGUUGGAUCUUUGAUCUGUCUCCUCAUGGCUUUACAAUGGGGUGGCGCUGCCUAUCCUUGGAGUAGUGGUCGGGUUAUCGCUCUUUUUGUCGUAUUCGGUAUCCUCGCUAUCGCUUUUGUAGCUACCCAGACGACCAAGAUUGCCGGAAAGGCUCGCACGAUUCCAAGCAGCCUAGCGCGUAAUUGUGAUAUAUGGCUGGCCGGAAGUUAUGCUAUGUGUAUAACGGGAGGUGUCUAUGUUCCCAUUUUGUUUCUACCUGUAUGGUUCCAAGAUGUUCGCGGUCGAUCACCUCUUUCUUCGGGUGAGCUGUUGACACUGUUGAUCGCUGGUUACGUUGUGGCUUCAAUCUUAGCUGGAGGCAUCACCAGUGGUUUCAAGUAUUACAAUCCAGCCAUGAUCAUUGGAACUGCACUAUCAAUUGCUGGAGCUGCUUUACACCUUUUCCCAAUCUUAAAUAUUAUAAAUUUCAAAGAAUGCCUCUUCAUGAAUCGUCUAUUUUAUGAUAGUAGAUAG